AUGCCGCCCAAUCGGGUUGUAGUCCGACUCGUCCCUGGCUGCUCUGAUGGCGAUCCCCUUCACGUCCCCGCGCCUGGGGUGUACACUCGCGUCGAUCCUCCAACUGUAUACUUGGAGAAAAUCGGCCAGCAAUGGAUGGAGGCUCGAAAAGAGGCUCGGCCAGGGGUCCAGUACAUCCUCGAAGCCCUGCCAUUCGGAUACUCGCUAUGGCAGCGUCCUCGGCCAUCCAACCCAGCUCACUUUGAUCGCUAUCUUUAUGGACAUCCUGGAAAGAAGCCUUUCGAUUCUCCAAACCGCUUCUUCCCUCAUUUUGAGUAUACAGUACUAAGACAUAAGUCUGUUCGCGCUAAACGCACGGGCCCAACAACAACAUGA